ACCUUCCCCCAUCAUCGCCCAAGUACAAACAUGUUUUGCCCUUUAAUAAACUCGUCCGCUUUAAUCCAUCCUUCCUCUUCCCCUUAUCCUCCUUCUCCUCUUGCUUACACCUAACAUUCACUCCAAUCUCAAUCACCACACAGGAACAGACAAAAACCAAAACCAUAAUCACGAUCAUGGCGAAAACAUUCACCCUUGCAGACGUCUCCACGCACAAAGAUGCUGAGAACGGGCUCUACAUCGUUAUCGAUGAGGGGGUUUAUGACGUUACGAACUUCGUCGAUGAGCACCCUGGUGGAGCGAAAAUUCUAAAGCGCGUUGCUGGGAAGGAUGCUAGCAAGCAGUUUUGGAAGUAUCACAACGAAGGAGUUCUCAAAAAGUACUCUGAGAAACUUAGGAUUGGGAGCGUGGAGGAGAAGGCGAAGCUAUAAAAGGAUUCCAUACUAAUUCCCCGUUACCUUCAGUUGUUUCAUUUUGACAUGGUGCUUAGCGCGAACGCUUCUUCCUUCAGUGUUUACGGGAAGGUUCAAUGUACACUACACUACUGUUCUAAUAAUCCAUUUUCCCAA